AUGUCAGGUGUCGGAGCUCCUAUGCCAAAGAUUAGAAAGAAAUUGGUUAUUGUCGGUGAUGGUGCAUGUGGAAAAACCUGUUUGUUGAUCGUAUUUUCAAAAGGUGCAUUCCCAGAACUUUAUGUUCCAACCGUGUUUGAGAAUUAUGUUGCGGAUGUUGAGGUCGAUGGCAGAAGAAUCGAGUUGGCCUUAUGGGAUACUGCUGGUCAGGAGGAUUACGAUAGAUUACGUCCACUAUCUUAUCCAGAUUCCAACGUGAUUUUGAUCUGUUUCGCCGUCAGUGCUCCAGAUACGUUGGAGAAUGUUGAGGAGAAGUGGAUUUCCGAAGUGCUACACUUCUGCCAGGGUGUUCCUAUCAUCCUCGUUGGUUGCAAGAUAGAUCUUAGAAAUGAUCCAAAGACUAACCAGCAAUUGGCAAAGUUGGGACAGAAACCUGUUUCUACAGCCGAGGGUCAGGCGGUUGCCGAGAAGAUCAAAGCAUUGACUUACAUGGAAUGCUCCGCUAAGCUUAACCAGGGUGUGAGGGAAGUGUUUGAGACUGCCACCAGGGCUGCUCUUCAGACUAAAGAGAAGAAGGAGAAGAAGAGAAAAUGCUUGUUACUCUAA